AUGGUGAUUGGUGGAGCUCCCGAGCCGUCGCCAGAGCGCGUUGCCGCCUGGUCGGCAGUGGUCGCCAAGCCUCAGUCUGAGCCCGGAAAGGCGACCACGGCAACGAAGCCCCCCGUGCCUCCGGCUCCGAAGCCCUCGACAACAUCCGCUGAAAAGCCUCCUCGCCCCGAACCCCUGGCUCCCCUUGCUGCGGCUGCUGCUCAGUGUGCGGCCCCUGCUGCUGCUGAGCAGCCCGCCCCGACUGCGCCAACUGCUCCCCAAGCUCCCCUUGAAGCCCUGACAAAGUCUGACGCCGCACUCCCGGCUCCCGCUCCCGUUGGGCCACCUGCUGCCGGCCUCGAGCCGCAGACUUUUGCGCCUGCCUCGUCCCCGCAGGCGGCGUCCGCCACCACUGGCGGCCCGGCACAAUUGAUUGUGCCCCCUGCAGUGGACCCGGCUGCCCCUGUUGCGCCGCCCGUGGCUCAGCAGGCGCAGCCGGCGCCGCAGUCUCUCCAAUCUCAUGUUCCGGCCCCAUUGCCUCCCGCUGUUGCUGCAUCCACUCCUGUUCCUGGGUCACGGUUGCAGCUGCCGCCCGUCCCGCCCGUGGCAGGAGUAGAAUUUGUGGCUGGGGGAGGCGGAGCGGUGAGGGCGGGUGGCCCGGCUCCUCUUGCCGUAGAGGAGCCAUUCCAGUUCCUUGCCCACGCGCUGCAACCCCCUCGGGCCCAUGUUCCAGAGGCGACUCUCGGCCAGCUCUUCCGCCUCGCGGAGAGCUUUCACGCACUGCUCCUGAUACAGGUCCUUGCUCAUUCGUCUCUCCCUGCGGCCCCCCCAGAGUCGUUCCUGGAUCGACAUCGCGAGUCUUGCCUGGACGCAGCCGAUCAGCUUGCAGUGCUGCUGGCGCCCGUGCAGGCUGCGCCCGCCGAGGGAGGCGUUGCGGCGGCGGGGCAGCUUGAUGAAGCUGUCCGCGGCUUGCGGCGCCAUUUACGUGCAGGUUCUGGAGCCGCCGCGAUCGGCGCAAGCACGCUUGUUGUCCGGGAGCUUUGGCGGACUCUGACGGGCGUUCUCCACGCCCUUGGAGCUCACCGCAUGUAG